AUGAAAACGGGAGGUGGUGGCUACACUUGUAAAGACCUGACAGAUUUGGAAAACCGACUGUUGAAUGUAUUAGGGGGUUGGAUUCAUGUACUAGGAUGCCCCAGUUUAACAAAUAUUGAGCCUGGACUACCUGCAGGACUUGAAUUAAUGGAUCAAGAUGUCACUGAGAUACAAGAAGGUGCAAUAGAGCAGCAUGAAGCUGAAAGAGAAGAAGAAAAUACCGAUGAGAUAUCUACACCAAUACCAUCACAAACACCAAGACGUGGAACAGCUCCAAGGAAGAAACAAAAGAGACCGCAUGUACAGAGCACACAGCUGCACGAAGCAGCUGAACUUUAUGCACAAAGCACCAGCGAAAUGGCUGAAGCUGUGAAGGUGAUGGCUGGUGCAAUAUCACAGUUAGCUCAAGGGCUAUCUGAUAUAGCAAUUGCUCUAAGCAACACAUCAAAAACCUGAUGUCAUGUAAUAAAAAUGAAAAUACUAAAAUCUGCAUUAAAUAUUUAUUUUAGAGAACAUUUUCUUACAUAAUUCACCUGAUCGCAGUAGACAACUGAUUUACAAGUUGCUGGCGAAUAAACCUGCCCUCUGUGAGAAAAUCAUUACUUGGAAUUGCAGCAUCAUCAGGAUGGCUGCUGUCAGUAGUCUGAUCAGUGUUGUCAUGAGAGUCGCCAUUAUCUUCAUACUCUUGUUCUGCAUUAUAUAUUCUGCAAAUAUUAUGCAAAACAGCACAAGCAUAAAUUAUCAUGCCACUUGUAUCAUGAGAAUAAUGAAGAACCCUGUCUUUCCUUAAACAUCUAAAACGGGCUUUCCAAAUACCAAAGCCCCUUUCAACCACAUUGCGUGUGUUGAUAUGUAUACUGUUAUAGUGAGCUUCGGGGGUAUUAGCUCUUGUUUCGAGGAUUGGUGUCAUCAGCCACGGCUGGAGAGGAUAUCCUGAAUCACCAAGUAGGUAGCAGUUUCGUCUUCCAUCUUCAUAUUUUUGCUUAAGAUGUCUCUGUAUGUUUGAAGAGUCCCAUAUUGCUGCAUCAUGGACUGCUCCAGGAUACUUCGCAUUUACGUUAGUAAUCAUUAGGUGAGAGUCGAAAAUCUGUAAAAUAUUGCGAAUUUAUGUUCUCAGUCAAGGCUUAACAAAAAAUGAACUUACUGCCUGAACAUUUACACUGUGGAACCCUUUUCUAUUAAUAUAUGCUACUGAUGGAUUAAUAGGAUCAUCUGUUUUGGGUGGCACUAUCGCAAUAUGUGUACAAUCGAUAACGCCUACAACAUUUGGGAAUUGAUGAUUCUCUAAAAAUCUGAAAAUUGAAAAACUCAUGAUAUGAUGUGGCCAUUAUGUAGAGAAAAUACCUACAUACCCGUCUUUGACUCUCCUAACUUCUUCUGAAGUUGUUGGAAACCUGAUAUAUCGAGGUGACAAAUGUAAUGCAAUUAGUCUGCUUAUUUUGUUUAUAAGUCUGCUCAUUACAGGUUGGCUGAUUCCGAUAUUAAAGUCGUGUCCUACGGUUGUUUGAUAACCGCCAUGGGCAUAAAAUAAUAAACUUGAAAAGACCUGAAAAUAAUUUGUUGAAGAUUCAUAGAGAAAAUAGAUUCUAUUUAGAAUGAAUUGUGAAACGUUACAAAUUCAUAUUACAUAUCAGUUUGAUUAUA